AUGAUAAAUUGUACGCGUUAUCACCGAUCCGUUAACUCAUAUAGUCACUCAUCCAGCCCCUUAAUCCGCGCGUUGCCGUCCACCUUACUAUUCUCCUCCAACCCCCACUCUCUUCCCCGCUCCCCCUCUCUUUCCCCCCACCCCCUCCCCCGCUUUCCGUCGCCCCCGAACCGUACAAUAUUUGCAUACGGAAGGGGAGGAAGGCGCUACAACGGGUGCAUGUGGAAGGGGGGCCGCAUGCGCGUGGAAGCAGCAAGGGAGAGUUUUCUCGAGCACAACGCCAAGGAGCGCACGGAGAGGGAGAGGGAGGAGGCAGAGGAGAGGGCAGAGAGGUUAGAGAAGUUGGAGGCAGAGCGAAGUGGUGGUGGUAACCGGGUUAUGCAGACCCCUGCCAGUGGGUGUUUGAGCCCUGAGGAGGUAGCUGCCUUGAAGGCACGGAAGCUGGAGCCAAUGAACCUGGCUUGGCGCGGAGGGAAAAAGCCCAGAGGAGGUAGCUGCCUUGAAGAUGCGGCGCAUGCCAGCAGCCGGGGGGGCCGGAUGCGGCACAUGCCAGCAGCGGGUGGGCCGGGGUGUGGGCGGCACAAGCUGAGCUUCCAGCGUCUUGCAUUUGAACCCUCCCUCUCUGCUGUGCUUGCCCGCGCCGCUGCUGCCACCGCGGUCGCCGCUGCUGCUGACGCGGAUAGUGGUGGUGGUGAUACUGCUGUUGCUGCUGGUUCUGGUGCUGCUGCUGCUGCUGCUGCUGCUGGUGCUGCUGGUGUUGCUGGUGCUGGUGUUGUUGGUGCUGGUGCUUCUGCUGCGGGGGGAGGGGGGCGAGAGGGAGGCGUGAUGUUUUGGCAGGGUGGACGUGGGGAGGGUGCUACUGGUGGGUAUGCUGGUGGUUUUGAGGGGCAGCCAGAGCAGCAGGAGCAGGGGAAGGAGGAGGGGGAGGAGGAGGAUGGGGGGUUGGAAAGAGAAAGGGAGAUGCAAAGGCGACUGCUGCAACGGUUCUUGAUGCUGGAAGGGGGAGGGUCGGAGGCGGAAGGGGAAGGGAUGGGCGAUGGGGGGAGUAAGGGUGAUGAGGGGGAGAAGGGCGCACACGUGAGGGAUGGGAGUGGUGGGACUGGGCGGAAGGCGGGUGAUAGGGGAGGGGUACAGGGUGAUGUGUUGAUGCACGAGGGGCGAGUUGAGGAAGAGGUGGAAGAGGGGGAAGUGGAGGAGGAAGAGGAGGAAGAGGAGGAUGAAGAGGAGGAGGAAGAGGAGGAGGACGAUGGGUUGAACAUUAAUCUUACAUGGAGUGGGCCCAGCAAAGGCAGCACAGGCAGCAAAGAAGGCAAAGGAAGCAAAGGCAGCACAGGCAGCAACGGCAAUGAGAAUAUCAAUAGCAAGGGGGUGCAGGAGACGAGGUCUAGGGCUGUGGCAGGCACAGAAGGGGCAGAUGGUGCGGGUGGUGUGAGUGGUCUAUUUGUUGGGCGCACGGAGGGGGCAUCAGAGGGUAAGCGGGGCCAGAGAUUAGCAGGGAUGAAAGGGGUAGAAGAAAAAGCGGCUAGGGAGAAAGGCAUAAAAGAGGUGGUAGUGGAAGGGAAGGCUUUUGGGGAGAAAUUCGUGGGGAGUGGGGAGAAGGAACAAGUGGGGAAGACUGGGGAGGGGGGAUCGCGAUGGGAUAGGAUGUUUGCUGUUGCUUCGUGUGAGGUGGAAGAGGAGGAGGAGGAGGAGGAGGAGGAGGAGGAGGAGGAGGAGGAGGAGGAGGAGGAGGAGGAGGAGGAGGAGGAGGAGGAGGAGGAGGAAGGAGGAGGAGGAGGAGGAGGAGGAGGAGGAGGAGGAGGAGGAGGAGGAGGAGGAGGAGGAGGAGGAGGAGGAGGAGGAGGAGGAGGAGGAGGAGGAGGAAGAAUGGAAGAAGAUGAUUUGGAAGAGUUGGAGGAGAAGGGAGAGGAGGGUGAGGAGAGUGAGGAAGAAGCAGGGGAGGAGGAGAAAGAAGUCAAGGGCAUAAAGGUAAUGGAAGCAGGAGAGGAGCGAGGGGAGGAGGAGAUGGAAAUGAAGGAGGGGGGUGCAGAGGAGGGGGAGGGGGAGGGAGUGGAGGGCGAGAUAGAGGAGGAGGGUGAGGGAGAGGAGGAGGGAGAGAUAGAGGAGGAGGGUGAGGGGGAUGAGGAGGGGGAGACAGAGGAGGAGGGGGAAGGAGAGGAGGAAGGUGAGGGAGAGGAAGAGGGGGGGGGAAAUGAGGAGGGCGAGGAAGAGGAGGAGGGGACGGGAGAGGCGGAGAGUGAAGGAGAGGAGGGUGAGGGAGUGGAGGGUGAGGGAGAGGAGGGUGGAGACGGGAGUGAGGAUAAGGGAGUAGAUGAAGCGGAGGAGGACGAAGGUGAGGAGAGUGAGGAGAAGGAGGAGGAGGAUGUGCAGGAAGGUGAGGAAGAAGGGGAGGAAGAGGAGGCAGCAGCGGAGGGGGAAGAGGAAGAGGAGGAGGAGGAGGAGGAGGAGGAGGAGGAGGAGGAGGAGGAGGAGGAGGAGGAGGAGGAGGAGGAGGAGGAGGAGGAGGAGGAGGAGGAGGAGGAGGAGCAGGAAGAGGAGGAGGAGGAAGGGGAGGAGGAGGAAGGGGAAGGCAAGGGGAGUGAUAAGCGCACAAGAAAGGGGCCAGACGUGCCUUCGUGGGACAGUCUAUUUGCUUUGGCUGCUGGGGAGGGGCUUGGUGCUGGGGAGGGCAAGGAGAAAGAUGAUGGCAGGAAGGGCUCUGAAAAAGAUGGUGGUAGCAGUGGUGGGGGAGGGAAGAGGAAAGGGUCACUGGAGGGUCCUAGAGGUUCAUCUGGGGGAGGUAUACCUGACCUGUUGGCGUUGGAGGAAGCCAGAGGGGCAGGUGAUAUGGAGAAGCUUCUGAUGGACAUGGGAGGAAGCUUCCUUAAGUCGGAUGCGGAGGAGGGGAAGUGGAAUCGCAAGAAGAGUGAGCUACGGCAUGAGUUGAAGCGACAGCAAAAGUUUGCUCUGAGGAAGAUAAUGAAGUGA